AUGUUAUCACAAUAUAGUUUUUCUCGGACGAAUAAGGAAAAACUAAAGCAUCAGUCGGAUGACGAAGAGGAAAUUAAGAAUGAUAGUUUAGCAAAAUCAACGGACGAAAUAUCAUCGGGCAAAGAUGAAGAGAAUGAAGAUUGGGAAAAAACAUCUUCCAAGGAUGAAGAAAAGGCCGAAGAGAGUACUUCAGAUGAUUCGGCCGAUGAAAAUUUAUAUUUCAAAGAAGAAAAGAAGGUUUCUGAUGAAAGUGAUGAAGCCAGUGAUGGAAAAUCACCAGUAUUUGGAAAGAAAAGUGAUACAAAAUCAGAAUUAGAAUCUAGUGAAAUUGAUGAUGAUGAUGAUUACGAUGAUGAUGAUGAUUUCAAUGAAUCAGAUGACCGAGAAAGUGAUUGGGAUAGUGAUGAACAUCAAGAUUGGUCAAGAAAACGUGGUAAAUCAAAUGGUUUUUCACAGAAAAAGAGAAAGAAAAAAACCCAAAAGCAGCCAGUGAAAAGAAGAUACAGACGGCCUGUGUCGGAUGACAAUUCAGAUGAUGAUGAUGAUGACACUAAAGGUCAUUACACAACAGUUUCAAAGGCUGUUUCCGAGAAAGACAAAGUGAAAGUCGCUGAACUGAAUACACUUGUCUUGCUUUACCCGCACAAGACCCGAGAUGAAUUGGAGGAAGUGCUGAAUAGCAGUAAGAACUUAGAUGAUGCCAUUAACAGCAUGAUAGCUGCAGAUCCUGUCAAAGUGAAACGUAAACGUAAGGAUAGUGGUGAUGGUGCAGAAAAAGAUAGCGCCAAAAAAGUAAAACAGUCCGAGAGUAAAGAAUCUUCUGAUAGUGAAUCACAAGAACCUGAUGCACAGACCAUUGAAGAAAGGAUAGAUUUUUUAUCGGACGCUUUUACUGCUUUCUCGCGGGAGGAGCUUAGGGAUCUACUGCGAGAAAAUAAGUGGUGCCUGGAAAAAACUAUCGUGUGGCUGGCUUCAGGUGAGAAAAGUGAUAAAGAUGUCAAGAAGAAAGAUAGUGAAGAAUCUGAAAGUGCUUCUGAUGAUGACAGUGAUGAUGCUGAUAUUGAAAUUGACUUUGAGGAUUCAGAAAUUGAAACCGCUGAGCAGACAGAACAAAACAUAAUCCAAUCAUUUUUUGAUGAUGCUACUCUUGAAGAACUGAUGGGAAUUCCUGGAUGUUCCAGGAAAAAAGCUGAAAUUAUUAUCAGUCUACGCCCCUUUAAAACUUAUGAUAAUCUUUUGGAGAAGCUGGAAUCAACUAAAGCGCUGACAUCACGUCUAAUUGGUGGCGGCAAAGAGGUCAUUCAUAUGCGUGAAGUUGUGAUUCGAUUAAUGAAAAAAUGUGAAAAGAUUUCCAAAGAGAUGGGAGAUUUAGCAAGUUAUUUGGUCAAUGCUGCAGACUUUGAAGAGGAUGGGAAAUCAGUGCCUGAAAUGAAAAUCACAAAACAACCACCGAUUUUAAAUCCCAGCAUGGAACUGAAACCUUACCAACUUGUUGGUCUCAACUGGUUACGAAUUCUGCAUUCACAAGAAGUAAAUGGAAUCCUUGCUGAUGAAAUGGGUCUUGGAAAAACAGUGCAGGCCAUUGCAUUUCUUGCUUAUUUGUUAGAACAAGGUGAAAGUGGCCCUCAUGUUAUUAUUGUGCCAUCAUCCACAAUUGACAAUUGGAUGAAUGAAAUUCAAAGAUGGUGUCCUGCCUUCAAUGUUCUCAUGUACUAUGGUUCCCAAGAGGAAAGACAAGCUGCUCGUCACCAUCUCAAAUAUGAAGACCAUGAUAUCAAUAUAAUCCUCACAACUUACAAUAUGGCCACAGGUUGUAUAGAAGACAGAGUCCUUUUUAAAAAGACUCAAUUUCAUUAUGCUGUAUUUGACGAGGGUCACAUGUUGAAGAAUAUGUCGUCUUUAAGGUAUCAGAAUUUGAUGAAAAUUCAGGCUGAGAGAAGACUGCUGCUUACUGGGACUCCCUUGCAAAACAAUCUUCUUGAACUUAUCUCUCUUCUUUGUUUUGUGAUGCCUGAGAUGUUCGUGGGAAAGACUGAACAGCUGAAAAAAACCUUCACACUAAUCACUAAAUCUCAUGAUGACAAACGUAGCAAUUAUGAAAUGGAACGAAUCAACCACGCCAAAAAGAUUAUGCGUCCUUUUAUUUUACGACGACUGAAAUCCCAGGUACUGCAGCAGAUGCCAAAGAAACAGGAAGAAGUUAUUUAUUGCCAGAUGAUUCCUGACCAACAAGAGCAAUAUGAGAAUUUGAUUAACCGAUUUACUGAGGCUGUGGAAGAUAACGACCAAGAAACUAACACGCGCCAAUGUAUGUUGAUGCAGCUUCGCAAAACAGCUAACCACCCGUUACUGCAAAGGCGGCAUUUCAAUGAUAGCCUGUUACGUUCCAUGUCUAAGGACAUUUCCAAAGUGAGUUCUUUCUUUGGAAACAUGAAGUUCACCUCAAUCUUAUAUUGUACAACAUUUAUACAAUAA